AUGGCAGCUGCAAAGGUUGCCUCAUCAAAGGCGUCCACUUCGACCCUCCCCAACGGCACACCAACAAAGAAGUCGCCAACAAAGCAAGCAAAGACUGCUAGCACUUCAGUCAAUGGCGUUGACGCUUCCGCCUCAGCAUCCACUUCCGCAGACGUUUCGACAUCUGCUGCAUCCGGAAAGUACCUCGAUUCAUUGACAAAGCACAAUGCUGCCUUCACCUCGCUCCUUGACCUCAUCCCACCGCAAUUCUACCUUACACGCGAUGACGUCGACGAUCUCGCAGAAGACGGUGCCUCAUCCAAGUACAUGAAGAACAAACGCAAGAAGGCCAAGUCCGAGAUCGAAGCACAGGAGCGCAAAACAAAGCUACGCGAAGCCAAGAAACAGCGUCUUGAUCCAGACAACUUUGUCACCGUCACCGAUAUUCAAGCCGAACGUGCUGCUGCCAAAGCAGCUCGUCAAGCGGCCGAAGCUGACUCGGAUCUGGAGAUGGAUGUUGAAGGCAUGGUCUCCGACCAGGACGAUGAGGAGGACAACGAGACAAGAGGCGCUGCAGCAGCGGGAGAUACAGAUGAAGAUUUGCAGGAUUCGGAUGAGGAGGAUCUGCUAUCUAAGCCUGCUGCUAAGGGCGUUAAUGGUGUCGCUGCUCCCGUUGCACCCAAGCCGAUCCAGACGGAAGGCGAGCGCAAAGCAUCCGUCGAAGCGCUACGAGCCAAACUUCAUGCCAAGAUCGCCGGUCUGCAACGUAAGCGUGGCCACCUCGACACCAUUGAAGAUGCUUCCGAUGCAGGAAGCAGUGUGAUCAGCAGCAAAGACGAGCUUCUCGAGGAACGACGCAGACAGAGGAUCGACGCGCGCGAGAAGAAGAAGCAGAAAAAGAUGGAAGGGAAAGCAGCGGCAAAAGCUGCCGCCAAAGCUAAGAAAGCUGGCAUCGACAAUGCUCCCAACGGUACCAAAUCCGGCAAGCAGCUCAACAUUGGCACCAAGGCACCAGCACUUCUCGUUGCUGAGCCAGGCUACGGUGACAAGCGCAAUGGAGCUUCCGGCUCGGGUGCUUCGAACAUUGACGUCAACGGUGGAUCGCUCAACUUUAACGCACUCGACUUCCAAGCUGUUGGUGCUGCCGGUGCGACGUUGCCUGAGUCUUCAGCAGGCGGCAAAAAGAGCAAGCUUGCUCUACCAUCCGAUCCCAAAGCAGCUUUGCAGGUGCUUGAGGCGAGAAAGAAGCAAGAAGAGGCACGAAAAGCCAAAUUGGCCAACAAGCUUGGCGAUGCACCCGAAGCGCUAAACGCAAAGGUUUCCGAGUUGGAAGAGCAGAAGCAGUGGGAUAAAGUGCUUGCUUCAGCCACAGGUGUCAAGAUUCGUGACGACGAGAAGUUGCUCAAGAAAGCAGCCAAACGCAAGGACAAGCAGAAGGAGAAGUCAGGUAUCGCAUGGAACGAGCGCAAGCAGGCAGAGGUCAAACAACAGGCGGAUAGACAGAAGAAGCGUCAGGAUAAUAUUGCUGCAAGAAAGGCGGCGAAAGGUGGGAAGGGAAAGAAGGCUUCUUCGUCCACCUUGUCCAAGUCUAAGACUCCGAGUGGCAAGAAGCCGUCAUUUGGAAAGGCGAGACCUGGCUUUGAGGGUAAGAAGAUUGGCAGAUCCAAGAAGUGA